AGGGAGGUGGGCCUUUUCUGUAGGUACCUCCUCCCCCUUGUGUUUUCUCAUGAGAUCCUUUUCUUUUGCUUACCUAAAAGAAAAAAAAAACUUCCUGCUCACCCUGCUUCCCUGACUUCUCAAAAGAAAAAAGUCUCUCGUUUCCACUUCUAACUCUGUCUGUCUCCUUCCUUCUUGCAAAGUUUAAAGAUCAACAGCAUCGAUAGCUUCCCCCUUUACCAUCAUCACUAGGGCCUUUGCCCACUGUAAGUGUGGACCUCUGUGUAAACGUGAGAACAUCAUGGUGGCAUUCAAAGGAGUCUGGACUCAGCCUUUCUGGAAAGCGGUGGCAGCUGAGUUUUUGGCAAUGCUAAUUUUUGUUCUCCUCAGCUUGGGUUCCACCAUCAACUGGGGUGGAACAGAGAAGCCUUUACCAGUAGAUAUGGUCCUUAUCUCCCUGUGUUUCGGACUCAGCAUUGCAACCAUGGUUCAGUGCUUUGGACAUAUUAGUGGAGGCCAUAUCAAUCCUGCUGUGACUGUGGCUAUGGUCUGCACCAGAAAGAUCAGCCUUGCUAAAUCUGUCUUCUACAUUGCUGCUCAGUGCCUAGGUGCUAUCAUCGGGGCAGGGAUCCUCUACCUUGUCACACCUCCCAGUGUGGUGGGAGGCUUAGGAGUUACCACGGUCCAUGGAAAUCUUACAGCUGGUCAUGGGCUCCUAGUGGAGUUGAUAAUCACAUUUCAGUUGGUGUUUACAAUUUUUGCCAGCUGUGAUUCAAAACGAACUGAUGUCACUGGUUCAAUAGCUUUAGCAAUUGGAUUUUCUGUUGCAAUUGGACAUUUAUUUGCUAUCAAUUACACUGGUGCCAGCAUGAAUCCCGCCCGAUCAUUUGGACCUGCUGUUAUCAUGGGAAACUGGGAAAACCACUGGAUCUAUUGGGUAGGACCAAUAAUUGGAGCUGUCCUUGCUGGUGGCCUUUAUGAAUAUGUCUUCUGUCCUGAUGUAGAACUUAAACGCCGUUUUAAAGAGGCCUUCAGUAAGACUUCUCAGCAAACUAAAGGGACUUACAUGGAGGUGGAUGACAACAGAAGUCAGGUAGAAACCGACGACUUGAUCCUGAAACCUGGAUUAGUGCACGCAAUUGAUGUUGAGAGGGGGGACGAAAAGAAGGGGAAAGAUCCAUCCAGUGAAGUGUUGUCUUCAGUAUGACUAUCAAGUAGCACUGAAAGCAGAGAAGACCCCUCAGAUUUCCUUCCACCCAUUAAAGAAACAGAUUUGUUAUAAAUCAGGCACGUGCAGGUCUUCUGGUUUUCGGAGGAGGAAGCAAUUUCUGGGUUGCUUUAUGUCAGAGUCUUUAAUUUCUAAAUGUCAGAUCCCUCCUUCUCCCUGCCUAGGUGAGAAGGAGACCUGCAGAAGAUUUCAAAUCAAAUUCUAAAACAGUAUCACUGAGCAUAUUUCCAAAUAAAAUAUACAUAGACAUUUACUUCUCUCCCCAUUUAUUAGCAAACAAUAGUGAACCAGAAGUAUGGGUGUUUAAAGAGCAGAUUGACAGUUGAGAUUUGCCUGUACAGCACCUAUGGACAUGUUUUUCAGAUUGUUCUUUGACACAUGAUGGGCUGUUGUCAGUCCCAAUUAGGCUGUUUCACUCUAUUAAGCAUUCUUUGCAGAUUUAUCAAUGGAAAUGUACAGUAAAAUACAGAUUCAUCAAAUUCAAAGGAGGAAUUACAUUUUCCUCCCAUGCUACCAGGCAAUCACAUAAAAAUAUAAAACUGUUCUACAGCAAAAUAAUAUUUUUAAAGGCUUUUAAAAGUAGAUGGGUCAUUGCAGAUGGUUCUGAGUGAUAUUACACAUACCCAUCUUUUACAAUGCACAAUCCCUCUUAUAUGAUAUCUCAUCUGAAAAGUCCAAGGUCCAGACAAAUCCUGAAAUACUGUACAUAUGUUGUUUUCUGUGGCCAUCUGAUCAAACAUCUAAAUCUUGAGGUUCACUUAUUAAAAUUUAGCCUCACCACACUGUCAGGCUCUUAUGGGAAUUGGUAUACUCUCAUAUUACAACUUAAUAAUAUAAGAACAAGGAAAUGUGGAUUCUGGCAUCAAAGGAAACAAAGGUUAAUCUGUUUUCAGUGCACUUACAUAAACAAACUGUGGUGUGUUCAUUUAUGUCAUCUCAACUUUAACCACACUUAUCCAUCUUUCUUUUUAAUUUAUUGGAAAAUCUGGGGUUUUCAUUUGUUUGUUUGUUAUUAACUUUGGUUAACUGUAUUUAACCACUGGAUAAGAGAUAUUUUUGAUAACAGAAACAUUAUAUUAAUUCUGACUUGUUGAUAAUUAAAUUCUCCUCACUUGAGUCAUGUCCAUAGCAAAAACAUGAAUUGAUCCAGACUAGUCUUGAGCAAGGGUCCUACUCAGUUUGACCUAUAAGAAAGUCCCCCUCAUUUCUCAUCCAGACAGUGAAUCAUCACUUUAUAAGUGUAAUGGCUUAUGGGUAAGAGAAAUUGAGAAAGAGGAGGCUUCAGGAAGAAACUGGGACCAGCUGAAAAUGAAAACAUCAGAAUGUUCUGCAUGUAAAGAUGAUUAGAUGACUGACCUUUCAUUUGUAGAAUUGUUAUGGAUAACCCAAGACAGACUCAUUUCAUUGCAUUAAGGAUGUAUAUAAAUAGUUUUCUAUUUGUUUUGCUUCUGCUCUAUGUCAGUAUUGAGUUCUCUGGAAACCCCAGUUCAUAUAGUUUUCACUGUAUAGGCUUUAAUCUAUAACAAAGAGCUGCAAAUGUCAAUUUUGCUGAACAAAACCCAGUAGAAGUGAAGCAAAAACCCAUCACUGCAAGGGGUAGCUUGUAAAUAGCUGAUAACCAAGAGCUCCCCUCUCCCAAGCAUAGCUCCAACUGAGAAGUACUUUUUAGCGUUAAUGGCAGCUGUGUGUCUGUGGCAGCGAGAUAAUGGACCAUUAUUAAACCUGAUUCUCUUCGGUGCUAGGAAAGCUGUGAAGCUGCCUGAGAAAGGUAAUGUCAAUGCAACUGGCUGGGUAGUGACAUUGGCAUUUGGUAAUGGUGCCUGCCUAGGUUCUGGGGAUCCUUGGGAUAAGUACCAAGGGUCGAGCUCUACUUGGCCAAUAAUUCACUUCUCAGCUCCAUGUUACUUGCUUGGCACUGGUUUCUCUAGGGCCAAAUAUGAAAGUCACCUGAGGGCUAUAUUUGCCUGCUAUGCCAAAUGCCUGAAUACUCCACCAUCAAAGGGGCUUAAUAUCAGUGGUUGUAUUUUCCUAGUAUAGGCCCAGAUAUCAACUACCAGUAGAUAAGCCAGUUCAGCGAUAAACUAGGUUAAACAGCCAGAGAUAACAGAUUACCUGACCCCUUCCACAAAAAAAAAAAAAAACUUAUAUCAUAAUGAUUUUCCUGAAGGCAAUCACUUUUUAGCAACAUUCUUCUACAUUAUAUUUUUAUACACUCUUCCGCAUGCAUGAAAGAUACAAGCACAGCUACUUCAUUCAUCAAAUGAAAGAAGAAAAAUGGUGCAUGAUUUUGGUUUUCAACACAUUUGAGGCUUGAUAACAAAAAUAAUUUUGUUUUAAUAGAUGUAUUCUGCUUCAUAUUUCAUAAGGGCAUGAUUUUAAAGGACUUACUAAGGGAAAAUGUUACAAAUAUAAAAACCAUAAAAAUGUCUUUCUUAAAUUCUAAUAUUUUAGAGGUAUGAUACAAAUGAAUACAUAAGUUGUGUUAGGUUAUAAUUUUUUUUGCAUAUGAGGUAACAUAUUUUGUAUUUUACUCAAGGCUCUGCCAGUAAAAAGUAAUGAAAUUGUACCUUUCUAAUGACAUCUCUGCAGCAGGGGUCUAUUGCCUGGUGGAUGACACCAAAUUAUCCAUGUGUAUUAGGAGACGGAAGCUUUUUCCUUUAAUCUCUUCUUAUUAAUGAAGUGCAUAGUGCCUGUCCCAGGAGAGCACUACAGAAGAGAGAUCAGAGAGGAAAAUAACUGGUAAAAAUACAAAGGAAUUAUGCCUGACCAUGAAAAUGAUACCUUCCUCCUUACCUUCCUCUUUAAGGGUAUGCAAUGGAAAAAUGUAGAAUUAUUAAACACAAAGAUAGCCCGAGCAUCCCUGAACAGUAAAACCCUCUCUACUGAAGACUUGUUCACUUUGUCAAAAGUUACAACAGUAAAGAGAUGCUAUGUGUUUGGGAGAAAAGAGGAUGAGGGAGAAAACACAUUCAAAUGUUCUCAGUGAGGCAGUCAGACUGUACUGUCUUUACACUAAAAGGAAAUGUUUUAAAUAAUGGACUACCAAAAAUAUCAAUAUUCCUAUACUUUGUAUCACUGAUGUCAUUUUGUUCUGUAACCUUGAGCAAAUCACUCAUCUCCUUUCAGCAUGCUUCAUAGAUAUGUUCCCAGGCUACCAUAUGUUGAAUUUCAACAGAGACUUGAAAUAUAGAGAUACAGAUAGAGAGAUAGAGACAUAUAAAGAAUAAAAGUGAGUUAUUUAAGAUCACAGGAUUUUAAAUAUGAAAGGACCUUAGAAAUCAUAUUGUCUAUUUCCCUCAUUCUUCACAUGAGGAAACUGGGGCCCAGGAUUACACAAAUUAUUUUUUAAGUGAAAAAGACAGAAUUCACACCCAGGUCUUCUGACUCCAAACACAACAUUCCCUCCAUAAUCUACAUCCUAAUCCUCAUUUGUUUGAAAUUUAAUCUCACCUCACUAAAUAGAGAGCAUUUCUGUCCAGGCACAGUCAUUGUGCUUGUUUCAGAUAGGGGAAAACAGGUAAAAUGUUACUAAUAAAUUGCCUGAAGAGAAAAAUCAAAAUUUAAAAUAAAUUUUACUUUCUCUAUCUUGUUGUCAUAAAAGACCACAGUUUGAAUUCUGCAGACCAUAAUCCCCUCCAUAUAAAAGCCAAUGAAUAUGGAUCAUUUUUCAUAAUACAUAUAUCCAACACAUCUUUCACCAGAAAGUAGUUAUGAUGUUCCUAACUAGUUUAGUGAUGAGAAGAUUAUUAGAAAGAUGCAGUUAUCUUUGGGGAAACAUUAUAAGAUUAAUUUAACUCACUUCAUCUCAAACAUGUCUUCUAGCACUUAUAUUUUCAUAUAUAUAUAUAAAACCAGUCAACAUUCAUGGCAACUGGUUCUACAACUUUAUUUUCUAAAGAGAUGUCAGGCGCUAAGGGAAGAAGGAUCCCUUUGGGCAAAGAAAAAAAUUAAAACAACAGUUUAUAACUUGAUAUGAGAGGCCUGAUAAGUUCAAUCCUGCUAAGGAGAACCUGUCAUAAAUUAGAAGGGUGGUAGAUUGUGAUGUUUUGUGAGACUCUGUCCCACUUAAUAGCCAAACUAUUCAGUUCUGUGACAUUUCCCACCAUACCAACAUAGAAUAGGUGAGUAGGAAUUGCUUUUAACUGCCCAGACAUUGUCUUUGUAGGGAAGGAAAUAGAUCGAUGUGAGUCAGGAGCUUGGCAGAAAGGAGAGUACAAAUGCCAUCUCUCCUACCAUUCCCACUCAGCUCCAAACAAUCAUUUCCCCAUCGUUGGUCUCCCCACUCAAAAGUGAACAAUCUGCCACCCAUAUCCAAGACAAUAGUCGGAGUACCAUCAGACCAGACUGCUCUCUUGAUGUCCCCAACUUCAACCACCUCAGCUGGUAUUCUGUAGCUACUGGUUUAUUGUUGUAAAUAUCAAUUAUCAAUACUAAUAGCAGUAACAACUUCUAUAUAGCCAAGUGUCCAAUGGAUUUGACUUACUGUUACCCAGUGUUCCUCAUUUUCUUUUGGGUGACCCGUCUUUGCAGAGGUGAUAAUGUACUACCUCUCAUUUGACAAAAGUGGAACUAAUUUUUGAAACCCAGAUUUCUUUUAAAUAAAUGAUAAAAAUGUUGUGCGAAGCCAAAAACCUAGCAGCUCUACUUUGCUAAUGUCUGGGGCCUUUGAAGAAAAUACAUCAAAUAUUAUAAACAAUAAAUUUGGCAAUGUAUAUCAAAUUUAAGCAAAGUUAGAAUGUUAAUCUUUCAUUGUAAAGGAUGUCAAAAGGAUGAAAAUAUACCUAAUUCUGUAUAACUCAUCAUGAUAUGUGUUUGGAAGCUUUUCAGGAUUAAUUAAAUAAGCAAGCAAUGCAUGAAAAAUGUAGAAACAAAUAUUUAUCACUUUUAUGACCCAAGUCAAAAUGAAAUUGUAAUUCAUGAUAAACUAAGGAAAAUAAACUGAACAUAUGGCUAUAUUCACAGUUAUUUAUUAACUGAAGUGUUAGUUGUUACUAUAAUAUUAAAACUAAUGUCACAGGGCUUUAAACUACAAUGCAUUGCAUUUAGAAUAAUGUAUUAAAAUAUGAUCAAAUUAGUUGAUUUCUAUCAAUUAUAUUGUAUCUCAUUAACAUUACACUUUUGCAAAUAAACUGUUUGCUUUAAAAAGUG